AUGCCGGAAGUGAUGGAAAUUGCGUUUUGUGGCACCGACAAUUCUUCUGCGUAUGACAUCAGCGAUGGCUUCUUAAGGAAUGUCUGCUUUCUGGAUGCCCUCAACUUGGUGCCUCAUGUUUUCCUCUUAUUUAUCACCUUUCCUAUUUUGUUCAUCGGAUGGGGAACCCAAAGUUCAAAGGUCCAGAUCCAUCACAACACAUGGCUACACUUCCCAGGGCACAAUUUACGGUGGAUCCUGACGUUCACCCUCCUGUUUGUGCACGUGUGUGAAAUAGGAGAGGGCAUCGUUUCCGACACAUACUUAAAGUCUCGCCAUCUGCACCUCUUCCUUCCAGCUAUAAUGGGAUUUGUAGCUGCCACAACAUCUAUAGUCUAUUACCACAACAUCGAGACAUCAAAUUUUCCAAAAUUACUUCUGGCUCUGUUCCUGUACUGGGUCAUGGCCUUUUUCACCAAAACCAUCAAGCUGGUCAGGUAUUGCCAAGACGCGGUGCCGCUGGCCCAGUUGCGUUUCUGCAUCACAGUAAUCAUGGUUGUGCUCUACGGGUUGCUGAUGGCAGUAGAGAUCAACGUCAUCCGCGUCCGGAGAUAUGUAUUUUUUACAACCCCCCAAAAAGUAAAGCCACCCGAAGACCUCCAGGACCUAGGAGUGAGGUUUCUUCAACCCUUUGUCAACUUGGUCUCCAAGGCAACGUACUGGUGGAUGAACCCACUGAUCAUAUCGGCUCACAAGAAGCCGAUUGACCUGAAGGCGAUUGGGAAGCUGCCGAUAGCGAUGCGAGCGCUUACAAACUACGUCUCCUUGAAAGAUGCGUACGAGGAGCAGAAGAAAAAAGUGGCUGACCAACCUAAUCGGAUCCCUUCCAUUUGGCUGGCCAUGUACAGGGCUUUUGGCCGGCCAAUCCUCCUUAGCAGCAUGUUUCGUUACCUGGCUGACCUUCUGGGGUUUGCAGGACCACUCUGCAUUUCCGGCAUCGUCGAUAGUUUCAAUAAUAGCGAACACAAUGCGACCAGACUUCUAAAUGAUUCAACACAGCCGUACCUCACCUCGCAUGAUUUUCUUAAGACCGCAUAUGUCUUGGCGAUCCUCCUCUUCCUGGCCCUCAUUUUGCAGAGGACAUUUCUCCAGGCCUCCUACUAUGUUGCCAUAGAAACAGGCAUUAAUCUACGCGGAGCUUUACUGGCGAUGAUCUACAACAAGAUCCUGAGGCUCUCCACGUCCAACUUGUCCAUGGGAGAGAUGACCCUGGGGCAGAUCAACAACUUGGUGGCCAUCGAGACCAAUCAGCUCAUGUGGUUCUUGUUCCUGUGUCCCAACCUAUGGGCUAUGCCCGUUCAGAUCAUCAUGGGUGUGAUCCUGCUCUACCACUUACUUGGGAAAAGUGCCUUGGUUGGGGCUGCUGUGAUUGUACUGCUGGCUCCGAUACAGUAUUUUAUUGCGACAAAGUUGGCAGAGGCUCAGAAGAGCACCCUUGAUUACUCCACAGAGAGGCUGAAGAAAACCAACGAAAUCCUGAAAGGCAUCAAACUGUUAAAAUUAUAUGCGUGGGAACAUAUAUUCUGCAAAAGCGUGGAGGACACGAGGAUGAAGGAACUCACCAGUCUCAAGACAUUUGCACUUUAUACGUCUCUUUCCAUUUUUAUGAAUGCGGCUAUACCAAUUGCAGCUGUCCUUGCGACCUUCGUGACCCACACGUAUGCUGAAGAGAAACCACCGAGUCCCGCCCAGGCCUUUGCGUCUCUGUCGUUGUUCCACAUCUUGGUCACGCCACUGUUCUUGCUCUCCACCGUCGUUAGAUUUGCUGUCAAGGCCGUCAUAAGCGUACAAAAACUGAACGAAUUUCUCAUCAGUGAUGAGAUUGGGGAUGACAGCUGGAGAAAUGGGGAUAGUGCCCUAACGUACAAAUCUUGCAAGAAGCACACAGGACUGCAUUCCAAAGCUAUUAAUCGGAAGCAUCCCAUCAGACAGCAGCUGGAUAGCUGUGAACGGACCCUGAGGGUACCGAUCCGUCACGUGGAUACAGAUGAAUACACCAUCAAGGUAACCAAUGGAUUCUUCUCAUGGGGAAGUGGUUUAGCCACGUUAUCAGAUAUCAAUAUCAGAAUCCCAACAGGCCAAAUGACAAUGAUUGUGGGUCAGGUUGGCUGUGGCAAAUCUUCUCUCCUUCUUGCUAUCCUUGGAGAGAUGCAGAGUCUGGAUGGGAAAGUUCAUUGGAGCCGUGUAAAUGAAACCGAUUCUUCUUUUGAAGCAAGCCGGAGGAGCAGAUACGCAGUGGCUUAUGCAGCCCAGAAGCCCUGGCUCCUGAAUGCCACUGUGGAGGAAAACAUUACCUUUGGGAGCCCGUUUAUUAAGCAGAGGUACAAAGCCGUCACAGAUGCCUGCUCGCUGCAACCCGAUAUUGACCUCCUGCCUUUUGGGGAUCAGACAGAAAUUGGAGAAAGGGGAAUUAACUUAAGUGGAGGCCAAAGGCAACGCAUCUGUGUCGCACGAGCACUCUACCAAAACACCAGCCUUGUCUUCCUGGAUGACCCAUUUUCUGCUUUGGACAUUCAUCUGAGCGAUCACCUGAUGCAAGAAGGUAUCCUGAAGUUCCUCAAGGAUGACAAAAGGACUCUUGUGUUAGUGACUCAUAAAUUGCAGUACCUGCCACAUGCAGAUUGGAUCAUCGCCAUGAAGGAUGGCACUGUACUUAGAGAAGGGACACUGAAGGACAUUCAAAACAAUGACGUCGAGCUGUAUGAACACUGGAAAACUCUGAUGAAUCGCCAAGAUCAGGAAUUAGAAAAGGAUAUGGAAGCUGACCAAACGACUCUGGAAAGGAAGACUCUUCGCAGAGCCAUGUACCCAAGGGAGUCCAAGGCACAGCUGGAGGACGAGGAUGAAGAGGAAGAAGAGGAGGAAGACGAAGAUGAUACCAUGUCUACCGUGAUGCGCCUCAGGACAAAGAUGCCUUGGAAAACCUGCUGGCGCUAUCUCACUUCCGGAGGAUUUUUCUUACUCUUCCUGAUGAUCAUUUCCAAACUGUUGAAGCAUUCGGUCAUCGUUGCCAUCGACUAUUGGCUGGCCCAAUGGACAUCAAAGAACCAAAACCAGACCCAAACCCAGACUUUUUGUUCUAUAGAAGAUUCCAUCGAAGACAGCAAGAAUUGCUACAUAGCCGUAUUCAGCGCCCUUAGCGCUGCGGGGAUCGUCCUUUGUCUCGUCACCUCCUUGACCGUCGAGUGGAUGGGUCUCAUGGCAGCCAAGAACCUUCACCACAAUCUCCUCAACAAGAUCAUCCUUGGCCCAAUCAGAUUCUUUGACACAACACCCUUGGGGCUGAUUCUCAAUCGCUUUUCUGCAGACACAAAUAUAAUCGAUCAGCACAUCCCUCCGACUUUGGAGUCGCUCACGCGGUCCACCUUGCUCUGCCUGUCUGCUAUUGGGAUGAUUUCGUACGCCACGCCUUUCUUCCUGCUUGCUCUCGUGCCCCUUGGAAUCGCCUUUUAUUUCAUCCAGAAAUACUUCCGAGUUGCAUCCAAGGACCUUCAGGAGCUUGACGAUAGCACCCAGUUGCCUCUCCUCUGCCACUUCUCAGAAACAGCAGAAGGCCUCACUACCAUUAGAGCAUUCCGGCACGAAGCCAGGUUUAAACAACGUAUGCUGGAACUGACGGACACCAACAACAUUGCGUACUUGUUUCUGUCGGCUGCCAACAGAUGGCUGGAGGUCAGAACGGACUAUCUGGGGGCUUUCAUUGUUCUCACUGCGGCCGUGGCCUCCAUUGCUGAAGGACCCGCUUCCGGACUCAUGGGUUUGGGUCUUCUCUAUGCCUUGACGAUCACAAACUAUUUAAACUGGGUGGUGAGAAACCUGGCAGACCUGGAAGUACAAAUGGGCGCGGUGAAAAAAGUGAACAGUUUCCUCAACAUGGAGUCAGAGAACUAUGAAGGCACCAUGGAUGUUUCUCAAGUCCCCAAAGACUGGCCGCAAGAAGGGGAAAUCAAGAUUGACAACCUGUGUGUCCGUUACGAAAACAACCUCAAACCCGUUCUGAAGCAUGUCAAGGCUUACAUCAAACCUGGCCAGAAGGUGGGCAUCUGUGGUCGCACCGGCAGUGGGAAAUCCUCAUUAUCCUUGGCUUUCUUCAGGAUGGUGGACAUAUUUGACGGGAAGAUUGUUAUCGACGGGAUCGACAUUUCAAAGCUGCCCCUCCACAUGUUGCGCUCCAGGCUGUCCAUAAUCCUCCAAGACCCCAUAUUGUUCAGCGGUUCCAUUCGCUUUAAUCUGGAUCCAGAGUGUAAAUGUACAGACGAUACCCUUUGGGAAGCCCUGGAGAUUGCCCAGCUGAAGAACAUGGUCAAGUCGUUGCCAGGAGGUCUAGAUGCGGUGGUAACUGAAGGAGGAGAGAAUUUUAGUGUCGGCCAGCGCCAGCUCUUCUGCCUGGCCAGAGCCUUUGUACGUAAGAGCAGCAUCCUCAUCAUGGACGAAGCCACGGCAUCUAUUGAUAUGGCCACAGAAAAUAUUUUACAGAAGGUUGUGAUGACUGCCUUUGCCGAGCGCACAGUGGUAAUAAUCGCUCACCGCGUCUCUCAAAUCCUGGACGCCAACCUUGUCUUGGUCCUGUCGGACGGCGACCUUGUUGAGUGCGACAGCGCUUCCCAAUUGCUCCUCAAAAAGGAUGGCCUGUUCACCACUUUGGUGAAGACCAACAAGUAGAUACUCUCGGCCCAGGACUCUGGCUUCUGCAUCGGGUCCACACUAUCCUGACUGCAGACUUGGUCAUUGUGAUGAAACGAGGGAACAUUUUGGAAUACGACACACCGGAGAAUCUGCUGGCUCAGGAAGAUGGCAUCUUUGCAUCUUUCGUUCGGGCUGACAUGUGA